CCGGUAGUUCUUGUUAUGUUAUGAUCUCAAGCAACAAUGGCGUCGUUGAAGGACUUAUGCAGUGGUCUUGAAGUUGACCCGCUCCCUCCGCGGAGAGAACGUGACAAUUCUGUUCCUCAUGCGCCUGUUAGGACUGUAAAUCUUACUGCAGAUGAACGAAGGUUAGCAUUGCAGAAUGCAUUGAGAUAUUUUCCACCUACAUGCCACCACAUUCUUGCACCAGAAUUUGCUGCAGAGCUAAGACAGUAUGGACACAUUUACAUGUAUCGCUUUAGACCUGACAUUGAAAUGAGGGCUUAUCCUAUUGAUGAGUAUCCAGCAAGGACCAGACAAGCUGCUGCUAUUAUGUUGAUGAUAAUGAACAAUCUAGACCCUAGGGUAGCCCAAUUCCCUCAUGAGCUUGUGACAUAUGGAGGGAAUGGUCAGGUCUUUUCAAAUUGGGCUCAGUUCAGGAUUGUGAUGCAUUACCUGUCAGAGAUGACAGAAGAGCAGACACUUGUCAUGUGUUCAGGGCACCCACAGGGACUGUUUCCCAGCAGUCCAUCAGCUCCAAGGGCUGUUGUCACUAAUGGCAUGGUCAUUCCCAACUACUCUUCAAGAGACAUGUAUGAUAAACUGUUUGCCCUGGGAGUGACUUUGUAUGGUCAAAUGACAGCUGGAAGUUACUGCUACAUUGGACCUCAGGGUAUUGUUCAUGGAACAACAAUCGUUGUGUUGAACGCUGGAAGACGACAUUUGGGAGUCAAUGAUCUUCAGGGAAAGGUUUUUGUCACUGCCGGUCUUGGUGGAAUGAGUGGAGCCCAGGCCAAAGCUGCUGUUAUUGCUGGCUGUAUUGGUGUUGUAGCAGAGGUUGAUGAAGCUGCGUUAAAGAAAAGACACGAGCAAGGGUGGCUCAUGCAAUACUCGUCCGAUGUUGACCAAUGUGUGGACAUGAUCAGAAAAGCGCGAGAGUUGAAGAAGCCUUCCAGCUUGGGAUAUCAUGGCAAUGUUGUGGACUUAUGGGAGCGUCUUGUACAAGAAUAUAAAAAGACUGGCGACCUUCUUGUGGAGCUGGGGUCUGAUCAAACAUCACUUCAUAAUCCGUUUAACGGAGGUUAUUACCCUGUUCAGGUAACCUUUGAGGAAGGUAAAAGAAUUAUGAAACGUGAACCAGAAAGAUUUAAAGCUCUCGUCCAAGAAAGCUUACGUCGACAAGUGGCAGCGAUAAAUGAACUCACUGAUGGUGGAAUGUUCUUUUGGGACUAUGGAAAUGCGUUUCUCUUAGAGGCGAGCCGGGCGGGAGCUGAUGUUAAUAAAGAGAGUGCUCCGCUAGGCGUUUUCCGUUACCCUUCAUAUGUACAAGAUAUUAUGGGAGAUAUAUUUUCUUUGGGGUUUGGGCCGUUCAGGUGGGUCUGCACAACAGGCCUGGCAGCUGAUUUAGCGACAACAGACGAUAUUGCCAAAAAAGUCUUCCGAGAAAUCAUUGCAGAAGGAUUAUCCGCUGAUGUCCAGGCACAAUAUGAAGAUAAUUUGAAGUGGAUUGAGGAAGCUCAUCAACACAAUCUGGUAGUUGGGUCUCAAGCAAGGAUUUUAUACUCAGAUCAGCGCGGCCGCGUUGCUCUCGCAGAAGCGUUUAAUAAGGCAAUAAGAGAAGAGAUAUUGUCGGGUUGUGUAAUUAUCAGUCGAGACCACCAUGAUGUUAGUGGAACAGACAGUCCAUACCGAGAGACUUCAAAUGUUUACGAUGGAUCCAGUUUCUGUGCAGACAUGGCGGUUCAGAAUGUAAUCGGAGAUUCAUUCCGUGGAGCAACGUGGGUCGCUCUUCAUAACGGGGGAGGAGUGGGAUGGGGUGAGGUUAUCAAUGGAGGCUUUGGUCUUCUCUUAGACGGAUCAGAAGAGGCCAGUAAAAGAGCUCGUAUGAUGUUAUCAUGGGACGUCAAUAACGGAGUCGCUCGUCGCUGUUGGUCAGGGAAUGUUCACGCAAAACACGCUAUUUGCAAAGCAAUGGAGGAGAAUGGGUUACUCAAGGUGACAAUUCCGAACCAGGUGGAGGACGUGACUUUAUUGGACAACGCCCUGAACAGUAGUCAAGAAUUGCCUGACAGUACAAACUAACAAGGAAGGAUAGUUUUAAUAUCGCACGGAAGAGUUCAUCGCAACGAUCCAUUGUUCGAGGGCGAAAUAAGAUCAAUCAAUCAAAAAGAAAAAGAAAGAAGUACAGAGGUGUUAAUGAACACCAGUCUACCCAAGUCUACCUCGAGGGAAAAUGUGCAGGUUUGCGUUGUGUUUACCAAUUUAGAUAAUUAUGAUCAUAGUUAUAAUGGUGAUGUAGUAGUCGUGGACUUGCCAGGACGUGGCUGUUCUUGUCCACUGUUUCCAGGUCAAAAUGGAAUUUGGUAUGUUGGGAGGAAUACCAAAGGACCCAUAGAAAAACCUCGGAACAAGGACGAGAGCCAACAAAAGACUCAACCCACAUGUUAUGCUAGGUGUGGGAAUUGAAACUGGGCCGACAGUAGUGGGAGGCGAGCGCUGUCACCUCUGUACCGUAGGACGGUGAUGGCAUGGACAAUCGGCGUGGAUAACUGUGAAAAUAAACUAAUUUACAUUACAUCUCAUUGCUCUCAAAGGAAAAAAAAUAACAGCUCUUUGUAGUCUUAGAAAAAUCAAUCUGUUUGCUAAAACAUUGACACUAGGGACAAGAGGCAGGUUUGCAAAUGGUUAAACUAUUUCGAUAGGUAUUUUGCUAACAGAAUUAAUAAAACGGUUGAAAUAUUUCGAUAUAUAUUUUACUACCAGAAUUAAUAUAAAUACCCAAUGUAUGUGAUAAAAAAUUCAAUCGAGGGUGUCAUGGAGUGUGUCUGUGUAUUUUACGUUAUGUUUCCCAAGGCAGCAUUUAUAGCUUGCGGAAGAGCUAUUGACCAGCAGACAUUUCCGUCAUUUAAUGUAUGCAGUUUCAACUUUUACAUUUAGGGUGUUUAAUAAAUAUGCUGUGAUGAAAUUGA